CCAGGAGUCGACGUGUGCAGAAGUCCUUAUAGUCCAGGGCCUGUUUCCCCGUAGCAGCUUCGUGUUGCUGAAGGAGAAAAGUGCCCCGGAUCUCUUCAGGUUAUUUGAAGGAAUCUUGGGUCUUUUGGGCGCAGCGCAAAUCGAGGUGAGGGAAGAGGGAGGAAAAUCCCCUGGAUCCCUGCAGGAUUAAUUUAUUCAAAAAUUAAAAUAUUCAACAUGCAAAAAUCUUGUGAAGAAAAUGAAGGAAAGCCACAGAAUAUGCCAAAGGCCGAGGAAGACCACCCUUCAGAAGAUGUACCACAGGAGGCAGAAGGAAAUCCUCAACCUUCCCGAGAAGGUGUAAGCCAGGAAGCACAAGGAAACCUUAGAGGAGGGCUGGCUCAGCCUGGCCAGAGAUUUAAAGAGGACGCUCCCGUUAGGCAUUUGGACCCUGAAGAAAUGAUAAGAGGAGUAGAUGAGUUGGAAAGGCUUAGGGAAGAGAUAAGAAGAGUAAGAAACAAGUUUGUGAUGAUGCAUUGGAAGCAAAGACAUUCACGCAGCCGUCCUUAUCCUGUGUGCUUUAGGCCUUGAAUUCUUCUUUGUCUGAUAUUAAGAUCUGGCCCCUGCUUUCUGUUUGUUAGCAUUUUCUGAUGUUAUCUUCUAUCUUCAUUUUACUUUUAAUAAUCUGGUGGUAUGUUGUUUUAGAUAGUUUCCUUGUUACCAGCAUCUCAUUGGAUUUUGUAUUUUAACACAUUUUCCAGCUCUGUUUUUCAAUUGGGAAGUUUCACACAUGUGCAUGGAAAGAUGUUCAUUCCCUAUUGUAAAGUAAAACGUAAGAGGUUACAAAACAGCAUAUUUAGUAUCUGCUCACAUAUGUAGGAUAAAAUCCCACGUUGUGUGUGUGUGUGUGUAUGUAUGUACAUACAUAUAUCAAAAACUUAACCGUGCUUAUUUCUGUGUGGUAUGAGUUUUUGUUUUUCUGCUUUUUGCUUAUAUGUAUUUUUUAAUGAACACAUUACUUGUGUCAUACAAAAAAAUUAAAGAUUUUUUUUAUAAGUAAGAUUCAAUCAAAUAGUUUGCAACCAGCUUAUAAGGGCAAUGGGGGCACAUAAUCUCUUAAUGAUUGAACUAUUAAAAAAUAAAUGUAAAUGUCAAAUUACCUCUGGACCUCUUAGCCAGAGGAAUAAAACUGGCAGUUAUUACAGA